CAACACGGUCGCCUAUGCUUGGUUACCUGUUGGUCUGAGGCACUCUCUCCUUACCUCUUGCAACGCUCCCAUCUACUGCUCAACACCAUCUGCAGCCUGCACGACCUCGCGCCGCAGCCGCGCCUUGGGAGGGACGACAUCUGCCGCGACGACGGACAUCAAAUCGCGAACCUUCACCAACAGGAUUUAAGCAUUCUUAGUUUUCUAUCAUGGUAAAGACCCAAUCGACGACUCUGCGAUCAGCCAGGGCCACGGCUUGAAUGGCGUGGUGACAUUGCUGUGUUGUCUGUCACUGGCGCCGGCUUGAUAACACCCCGACCUACGGGCUUGAAGAAGUCCGCCCACAUAAUCCCCGGAUUAGACGCGACGAGAUAACCUGGGCCCGUGUCAAAGCACUUUGGUCGGACAUCAACAGCCCGCCAUGAUCGGUUCUUCACGGGAUCCCACUGCGCGGCUUCGCGCCGGGCUGAAUCCCCUCUUGACGGUGUCGCUGGGGGGUUACCACGGCCACAACUCGAACAACACACCAGUGUCGGCCUUGUCCGUGAGUUCGCAUGGCGCCUAUUCGUCCGGCCAGACUCCCCUGAGCGCUAUCCAGCCAUAUAACCCGCAACAAUGGGUAUCGUCGCCCAUUGCCGGCCCGGCCCCGGACCGUAGCCAACACAUGCAAGCUGCCCAGCCAUUCCAUGAUCCCCAAACGUCGCCGCUCCCUCCCCCGCCAUAUUCCCCUCCCCGCAGCGGACGGCCGCCGAGCAUGACAUUCGAUCAGGCUCCGGUGGCCAACGUGUCUGUCGCGAGAGCACCUCCCCCGCCGAUUCAGAGGGAACCUCCGGGCGCCAACACAUCCUUCCCGCCUCCUCCUGGAGUCAGAGGCGCUUCGCGGGAGAGAAGAUUUGGGCUCCCUUCCCUUGGGAGGAGGAGAGAGCCAGAACAAUCAAGUCCCCCUGUUGAGCAAACCCCGCACAGCAGGUCUUUCAGCAUGUUAUCGCGGGGUGUCGGUGGUCAGCCGGCGCCGUUAACGCUUCAGAUACCACAGAGAACCGAUUCGGACGCCUCCCAGAAUCUUGCACCUGGCGCACGACGAGCCGUCUCCACACCGGCCGUAUCGACACCGACCUCGGCGCGAUCACGGUCCUCCUCACAAGUGAGAUGGGACCCUUCGAUGCCCGUACCGCCCCCGCCCCCGGGGCCGCCGCCGUCCUCAGCAAGGUCGCAGAGUGUCCAGCGGAUGCCGUCAGGGAGCGAUCCAAUCGUGUCGCCACCGACGCGACGGCCGCCUCCAAGCGGGAUAACCGCGUUGGGACCAGUACCGCCCACACCAGCAAACUGGAGUGAGGGCGACCACAUGCCGGGACCCGCAGGGCCAACCACGGAGUCGCCUAGUACAGCGGCUGUGCAGGCGGCGGAGAGCUCGAUCGCUGGCAGUUUCGUCGAAGGCCCGCCACCCGAAUCUGGUCCUUCCUCGGCAAGCCCAGCCGGAGGUCUGACGAGAAGCCCUGCAGUGAGACAUGAGAAAGCCCAAACACUGCUCGAGCGACGGAGUGAGAGCCGGACAAGGGGAAGCAACCGCGACUCAAUCGAUGCUUCGGGGAGACCGCCACAUCUCUCGGAUAUUGUGAUCCCAUCCCCUUCCGGGGGUACGCUGCAACGACGUCUAACGAUCAGCCGCGGGACGCCGCGGACCGGGCGGACGAGCGAUACUCCCAGGACAGGCGAGUCGCAUGAAAGCGGACAGGAGUCGCGAACUCCACGGGCCGAUGGCUCGGCACAGGUCCUAUCCGGGCAGGUGACGCCGACGAUGUUAUCACCAAGUGCCGGGAAGCAGCCGGAACGCCACGUUUUUGCGCCAAAAGCCCUGCCGACACCCCCCACGGGAAGUCGAUCAUCCUCGACACAUCGGGGCCGAGGUUCCGAUUUCCCGUCGAGCACCCCACAGUCCCCUUCACCACUAACCAAGCAGACUGUCAUUACCCAGAGCACUGAACAGUUUGCUAUUGGGGCCAUUGAACGGUUCAAGGCCUUCGCCCAGAAAGAGGCGGCCGCGCCUAAUGACGCCGAACGGGUGCGGCUGUUUGCCGAAUUUUUCGUCAGCGAGUCAAGGAUACGCCGGGAGCGGUAUGGGGCGGCCAUAGGGGCCAUGGGGUCCGAAAUACUUGACUUGACGCGCGAUCUGUUUCGGCCUAUGCCUGCCAGGCGAGAAUCGAGCAACUCGGUCACCAGCGGGAUCGUGGAACUCACGCCGCAGUCGUCUGAGCCUGCGUCACACCGCGGAUCCAUUGGAUCUGCUUUGGGCGGCAUCAACACGCCGACCUCCAGUCAACAGGCACCGCCGUCGCCUGCACAGCCGUCGAAUCAGAACUGGCAGUCGUCGAAUUACAUGCCCUCACUCUCUCCAAUUCUGAGUAUGAGCGUGAGCGACGCCUUGGAUGAAGAGGACUCGCGGGGCCGGCCAGCAAGCCGCUGGUGGGAGGCCGACUCGACCGGUGCUCCUGGAGGGAGGAUAGAGAGGUCAAAGCGGGAGUCAAAGUAUAUGGGCGUCCCAAAGGAGGCCCGUGAAGCUUUGCAAUGGAUCGACGAGCCGCACCCAUCGCCUGGGGCGGGAUCGAGUAAACGCGCCUCAUAUCCACCAGAGAAGACGGGAUGGCACGACCAGGACUCGGCGAACACCCCCCAGGCUUUCUCUCAGAGCUCACUGGCAUCCUCGUCAGCACCGGCAACGCCGAACCCCGAUCACCUUGACGUCUCGCGCCUUGUGACGCUUCCCCCGCCGUAUCCUCGCCACCACCCCGCCGUAAACAAUAAUCAUCCGGAGCUGACGGAGACGCGUAACGCGGUUCGCGGCAUCAGUGAUAUGACCGAGGUGGACGAAAUCAAGGAACGGUUUAAGCAAAGAAGCGCACAGCUCCGUGCCGAGGCCGCCGAGACAGCCAAGAAGCGCCGCCAGGCCCUCCGGCAGCACUUACAGCAGCAGAUCUCGUCGGGUGCCAUGAGCUACGCCGACGCAGCCGCCAUCGAAGCCGACGCCAAGGCAGAGGAACAGGCCAAACUCAGGGAGCUGGAGAAGCAAGACUUCGACACGUUCCAAGCCGCCGUCGUCAUGCCGGUCAACGAGAUCCUCCAGACGCGCAUCAACAGCGCUACCACCCUCUUCGACUCGCUCCGCAGCCGCCUGUUCGACGAGACGCACGAGUCCAACCCCAACCUCCCGCAAGAGGAAGGCGACGAACAGCCCGAGCUGCUCGAGAAGCUCACCCUCCUCAAAUGGAUCUUUGAAGCGCGCGAGUCCCUCCACCGCAGCCUGUACGACCUCCUGUCGGACCGCAACGACCGCUACCGCGACAUGGUCCUCGUGCCGUACCGCCUCGCGGGCCAGGACGACAAGGUCGCCUCGGCCGAGGCCUUCUUCGUCGAGGACGCGGCCAAGCGGGCGCUGGCCUAUUCCGAAGAAGUCCUGCACCGCACCCAGGAGUUCCGCGACGUAGUCGAGGAGACGGUCGUGCGCGGCGUCGAGGUCCAGCUCAACGCCUUCUGGGACAUCGCCCCGCCGCUUAAACGCCUGCUCGACAAGAUUCCCUGCGCCGACGUCGGCGGGCUCGAAGGGUUCCACAUCCAGAUCCCCGCCGCCGAGUUCGCUGAGAAUCCAUCGUACCACGCCCACCCGCUGCAGUAUUUGUAUAGUCUGCUGCUGCAUGCUGAAAAGAGCACAUACCAGUUCAUUGAGAGCCAGACGAAUCUGCUGUGUCUGCUGCACGAGGUCAAGGAGGCGUGUGUGCUGGCCAAGGCUAAAGUCAUGGAGCAUGACCGGAGGGAUCCGGCGCGGGUUGAGGAGAUGAAGGCCGAGGAGACGAGGCGGUUGACGGAGGAUUUAAAGGAGAAGGUUAGGGUCGUGCAGGAUCAGUGGAAUAGCGCGCUGGGGGAGACGGUGGGGAGCGUUAAGGAGAGGGUUGGGGGGUGGUUGCUUGAGACGGGCGGGUGGGAUGAGAGUUUUGAGGAGGGGGGCGUUGGUGGUGUUUAG